AUGGCAACGAAUACAUCCCCUCAACAGCCCCGCGGCAGGCUCCGCGAUGUCAUACCAGAAGCACAUCUCGGGUUCUGGUCACCUGGUCCUAAAAAUGGCAUCACAGAUGUCCCCGGCGUCCUUGCCCACACGACCACUAUUCGUGAUGAGAGCGGUCAAAUCAACACAGGAUUAACCACCAUCCUCCCUCGGAGAGACUGGUUCCACAAGGCCUGUCAUGCCGGCGUCUUCCGUCUCAACGGAUCUGGAGAAAUGACUGGGACACACUGGAUCGAAGAAAGCGGUCUCUUGCACUCGCCGAUUCUCAUCACCAACAGCUUUGCCGUUGGGCAGUGUUAUACCGGCAUCUACAAGUACGCAAUUGAACAUUAUGGAAAAGGCGAGGAGGGCAUCGAUUGGUUUCUGCUUCCAGUCGUCGCUGAGACGUUUGACGGGCAUCUCAACGAUCUGAGACGGUUUGCUGUGACGCCGGAGCACGUAGUGCACGCCAUCACCAAUGCCUCCGAGGAGCCAAUUGCUGAGGGCAACGUGGGCGGCGGGACAGGUAUGCUGUGCCAUGGGGGCAAAGGCGGCACCGGAACCAGCAGUAGGAUCGUGCCCGGGCAGAACGAGACGUCUUAUACGGUUGCCGCUCUUGUCCAGGCCAACUAUGGGAGACUACAGCAUCUGCACAUAACAGGCGUCCCAGUCGGACGAAUCCUACAAAAGAGAAGGGCAAAAGACGAAGCCUCCGCUGCUCAUGACAAAGCGUACAACGACGCAAAAGACAAGAAAGACGGGUCCAUUAUCGUCAUACUAGCCACGGAUGCACCGCUUCUUCCUGGCCAGCUCCAGCGAUUGGCCAAGCGAGCGACCAUAGGCCUUGCGCGAGUGGGCAGCUACGCUCACAACCCUUCCGGUGAUCUAUUUCUUGCAUUUUCUACGGCUGCUGAGAUCCCUGUGCAGCCAGUCCCUGGCGAGGAUAGAGUGAUUGAUCCUUUCAAACCUGAGCUGAUUGAUGUAGAGGCGACUGAUAACAAGACUAUCAAUGGGCUUUUUGAAGCAGCGGCUGAUGCUACGGAGGAGGCUAUAUAUAAUGCGCUUUGUAUGGCUGAGACGAUGACGGGCAAUAUGGGCCGGACGGUGGAAGCCCUGCCGUUGCAAGCUACCAGGGAGAUUAUUGCCAAAUUCAAGGAAGCUGAGGAUUCAUUCGAGUAG